AUGGUGCAGCUCGCCACGUUCCAGCUUGCAUAUUGGAUCGAACACAACAAAGACGGCGCUCAAUAUGUCCUCGGCGGCAGCGCCACUCCAGGCAUCUCGCUGGACGAUCUUGUCUCUCUGUCCACGGACCCUGCGGCAACUGAGCAGGCGCUGGAAUUUCGAUCCUUGAAAAUGAACAAUGGUUCACCCCAGGGCACGCUGGCAUUGCGCGAGCGGAUUGCGAGUCUGUACGAUGCCGACAAGGGCAUCUCGCCCGAGAAUGUCAUCACUGCUACGGCCACCACGGGGGCCAACUUGACCGUCUUCCAGAGCCUCUUGCACGCCGGAGACCACGCGAUCUGCCAGUAUCCAACAUACCCACAACUCCUCGGGCUGCCGGAGAGCUUUCCCUGCGAUCUCUCCUACUGGAAGCUUGACCCCGAGAAUGGAUGGCAGCCCAGCAUUGCGGAGCUGCGCAAAUUGGUCAAACCGUCAACCAAGAUGAUCAUCUUGAACAACCCGAGCAACCCGACAGGAUUCCACAUCGACGGGACGCUUCAGGAGAAAAUUCUGGAUGUUGCCCGCGAAUACAACAUCAUCGUGUUUGCAGAUGAGAUCUUUCGGCCACUGUUCCACAGUCCAGCCGCUGCGACUACUCCGUCCCUGGUAGAACACACAUACAGCAGAGUUGUUGUGACGAGCUCAAUGAGCAAAGUGUGGGGCAUGUCGGGAGUCAGGAUCGGAUGGAUCGUGUCUCGCGACCGCGAGCUUCUGGCUCUAAUCUUCAACACGCGUCAGUACACGGUCAUGUCGACCAGCCUCAUCGACGAAGUCGUUGCCACAGAGGCUUUGAGCCCUCGUUGUCGCCCAAUAAUUCUGAAAAGACACCUCGAAUAUGCACAGAAAAACCUGGCCUUGUAUGACGCAUUUGUCGAGAAGAACAGCGACAUGUGCUCCUGGGUCCGACCAGAAGCUGGAGCAAUUGGUUUUGUCAGGUUCUCUUCUCCAGACGGAAAAGCGGUGGAUGACGUUGAAUUCUGUCAGCAGCUCCAGGAGGAAGAAGGAGUGCUUAUAAGUCCCGGAAACCUGUGCUUCAGUGCAGAACAGCAGAAUGAUUUCCGCGGCUAUAUGCGCAUGCACUUCACGCUCACUCCAGAUUCUUUGGACAAGGCCCUCGAAAAAGUUGAUACCUUCCUUGCCAGAAGACGGAAGGUGUUUGCCGCGACAUCCUCGCAUCUCUAA